ACUGGGAAGCCGGAAGCGGGGCGGGCAGCCCGGCCGUAGCGGGCCAUGGAGGAUCGUCCCGCGGGUGAUGGGCCGUCGCGCGAGGGGUCGGCGGAGGAGGAGGCCGAGCUCCAGGGAGCUGCCUGGAGCGGGGACAGCGGCAACGUGUCCCAGAGCCACAGCAGCGCGUCGGGGCCGUGGGAGGACGAGGGCUCAGAGCUGGGCGCGCCGGGCCGCGAUCUGCCGCUGCUGCGUCGCGCCGCCGCGGGCUGCGCCGCCUGCCUGUUGCCGGGAGCCGGGGCGCGGCCCGAGGUCGAGGCCCUGGACGCCAGCCUGGAGGACCUGCUCACCCGAGUGGACGAGUUCGUGGGCAUGCUGGACAUACUGCGCGGAGACUCCUCCCACGUCGUCAGCGAGGGUGUGCCUCGCAUUUACGCGAAGGCCACCGAGAUGCGGCAGGUCUACAGCAAGAUCGACCGGCUCGAGGCCUUCGUGGGGAUGAUCGGCGCCAGCGUGGCCAGGUUGGAGGAGCAGGUGGCCAGGGCGGAGGCCGAGCUGGGCGCUUUCCCCAGCGCCUUCAGGAAACUGCUGCACACGAUCAGCGUGCCCUCCUUCUUCAACAAGGCGCCCUCCAGCAGGCCGCAGCAGAGCGGCUACGAGCCGCCCGUCCUGUUCCGGACCGAAGACCACUUUCCCUGUUGCAGCGAGAGACCCCAGAUCUGAGUCCGCCGGCCGGCACUGCCAGGGGACGCGCUGUCUGAGGUUACUGCGGGCGCUGAGUCAGCUGGAAGUCCGCUGUAGACCUCCACGGUGUUGGGAGUAUGGCGUGUCUAUCUUUUGCACACUCUUGUUUCUCACUGUCUGCAUGACUUGACGUAAGGAUGUGUGGUUUUCUGUGUCUUCCAGUGCUAAACUGACGGCUGCAUGGGCGGGGGCGUCGGGGAAGCCAAAUGAAUGAGUUUAUCUGUGCGCUGUGGCAAAACUUGUUUUUAUAGGUUUUACAGCUCAACCAACAGUAUUACCUUUUCCAAGUUUCUAUAUUUUAUACUUUUAAGAAAAACUGCUGAAAUGUUUAAGUUUUGUUGUUAUUCGAUCCUAAUAGCGAUUCCAUUUUCUGUAGCUUUUAGGGUAGAUGGUAAGUUAUUUCAGGUUAUAUUAAACUUUGCACAUCAUGGGUUGUAAACCGAAGGAAGUCAUACAGAUUCUGAGAAGAUGUCUUGAUUUAUUGCAACUAAUUCUGAAGUUGUAUUUGAAAGUAGGCCCUCCGAAUCUUAAUUUGUCCACAGCAAACAUGUCUGUAUGUGGUUCCUAACAUUUGGUUUAUAAUUUAAAUAUUAAUAAAAAUUUUAAAUUUUAU